UGCCUAAAUUACUUUGGUGCGACAGCAAUGCCCUCUGCUGGGAGACAAGCGUCAGCGGAGGAAAAAUUUUACAUGAGCAAUUUUGCCGGAUUUUUCGUGGAAAAAGUGCUCGUUUUGAUGUAAAAACUGUAAAAACACGUGCUACGACACAAUGUCUCGGACCUGUGUGUGUUUUUUGCGUGAAAAGCCACGGGUGUGCCGCGAAAAAGUGUAGACAAACAUUGUGUGGAAAAAGCUAAAGAAAACUUUACAGGCAGUUCCUAAAUAUCUAUGGAAAAGAAUAAACAACGGGCAGUGCCUUGUAUGCUUCCACUGAACAUCCGGAAAGACAGCGUCGCCGGAAGGGGUGACGGCGUCAAGAAGGAGGGAAUCAUGCCCCUGGAGAACACCGUAGGGGACAUUACGGUCUACGGACCCCACACGUCCCGGGACGGAACAAAUAUCAUAGUUAACAGUAAUACCCUUUCGGAGAUUUCCGUGAGCACCAUCGCAGCGCGGAAUCUCACAAUAACCCCAACCGGCACCUCAAAACAAUCCCCAAAAUUUCCAUGUUCCCUGUGCGAGAGGGCAUUUGAAUCGCGAGACCUCCUGGCGAUUCACAUGAAAACCCAUCCCAAUGAGCAAAAUCAAGCUGAAAAGAAGGAUUUGCCUGAAAUUAAAGUGCCACAGAUCAAAAAUAUCACCUCAUUGUCACUCAUCAAGUCGCAAACACCCCCUACGGCAGCCCCGGUGAAAUCAGGGGGGAGUACAGGGUGCGAAAAGGAUGAUGUAACGUGUCCAGCAUCUGCAAAGGAACAAGGCGGUCAAGCCGAGAUUACUGUAACACCCCUGGAGAACUGCAUGAGUACUAUUUUAUCUAAAGUGCCAGCUGAAGUAACAAUCAGUGACUGUGUGGAGGAAAAUGCGACAAUGCGCCCGAAUUUUCCACCACCCGUACCCAAUUUGACUCUCAUCCCACGCGAAAAUGCAGCGGGAACGUCACAGCAGAUGGCAAAGUCUUCAACGACGGCAGAUCAGGCAGCAGCAGCAAAGGGGUAUCAGGAUCAGGAUGUAGUUAACUUCAAUAAUGGUACAAAUCUUCAGAUAAUCCCUCAAUCUGUUGUUGGGGGUGUUGUGGAGCUCGAUGAACUUCUGAAGCCUUACAAGUGUGAGAUGUGCGAUCGCGCCUUUAGGACGCAGGAGAAUCUCUUGACUCACAAGCAGCAAAGGCAUGCCGAUACAGCUGCCAAGCAGGGUCUCAACAUUAAGUACAACUGCAAGCAAUGCCGUAAAAGCUUCACAAAUCGCCAAGAGUGGCGGGCACACAUUAAUUCAGCAAGCCAUAAGCAGGCUAAGGAGAACCCGGUUGAUUCUGAUGAUGACGUUUUAAUUAUUGAUGAUCCAGCGCCUCCAGCACCAAUCAAAGAGACUGCGCCCGUUUCGUCAAAGAGUUCACACGAAAUUGCGGCUGAAAAACCAUUUUCAUGUGCCCUCUGUGGCCGUCGCUUUCGCUCUCCGGAAAAUCUCAAACACCACGAAUUUGCCCAUUUAAAGCCACAACAGCCAAAAGAACAAACUUCCACAUCCUUCCUCGCAACAUCCCCAAUUAACCAGGCUGCGUAUCAGCAGAGUAAGAGUGAUGUAAAAGGGUGGAAAUGUCCCGUAUGCGAUACACUAAUUUACAAAAUUGAUGAAUACAAUACUCACAUGCUACUCCACUAUACGAAUAUGCCAUACAAAUGUCGAGAUUGUCCGGAGAUGUUUUCCACGGCUAUUGCCAGGGAUGGGCACUACCAGAAGAUUCAUGCAAAUGGGAUGAUUGGCUCCCUAACGCCCUUUGUGACGUUGCACAAGGUUCUUCCGGAAAGGGAGGCGGCGUGCGAUGAGAAUGAGAUUCAAUUGAUAAAAUUGGAAGAGUUGGCAAAUACCCCGAUGCGUUUCGGGGAGGUGCGCCCAUUUGAGUGUUUGGUGUGCAAGAAGCGUUUCCGGGAGAAGAGAGUCUUUGACUAUCACACCCAAUUGCAUCGUGGUGAACGGCCAUAUGGCUGCCGGUGUGGAAAGUACUUCCGGAACAUACGGAAUUUCCAAUUACACGAACAGACACACCAUAAGGAUGAUUUAUCAAUUAUAAUGCAACAAAUCCCAAAUAGUAUUUCCGUCAUACCGCAUAUGCGUCAAGUGAAUGCAAUUGGGAGCAAUGGGAUGGAUUUACUUGUUGAGGGGAAGCGUCAAUUGCGUCUGGAUGAGGAGGAUCCGGCAUUUAUGUUUGCCCAUUCCCCGGGGAAUGAUCCGGAGGAGAAUUUACGGUGUGCCAUGUGUGAUGAGGAGCAACCAAAUAGGAUGAUUCUCAAGCAGCAUGAGCUGUGGCAUGGGCGUGAUGGGGAAUUUAAAUGCAAUAUCUGCGGGAAGGGUUUUAGCUCAUUGGUGGGGAUAAAGAUUCACAAAAAGAAGCACCUGAAUGAUAGUUUGGCCGAGCAAGCGGGAAUUGUGGAGAAGACGUAUGAUGGGAUAAAGGAAUCUGAAUUAUUUACGGAGGAUGAAGAUAGUUCGGAUGAGAGACGUUUUAGUUGUCGUGUGUGCAAGAAAAGGUUUAAAUCCAAACAAGCAAUCCCCUAUCACAUGAUGACGCACACAGGGGAGACUCCUUUUACCUGUGACACCUGCCACAGGGGAUUCAGAUCACUUGCCAGCCUACGAUUGCAUCAGAGGAGGCAUAAUCAUGAGAUUCAUGACGGUGCAAUGCGUGAAGAUGAGGAAGAGAUCCCAAUGGAAGUUACACCGGAAAUAAUGCUUGAUAGUGAUGAGGAGAUGAAACCAUCAGUGAGUGAACUUUGCUCUGUGGUAAUGAUGGAACCCGAAGUGAUGAUUGAAGAGGAGGAAGAUUCAAAUCCCAUCACACCACCCAAGAGACCCUAUAUUAGUCGCAAAAAGCCCAAUGAUGAGAUUUUUCUCGAUGGUGAGAGAUUCUUCAUUUGUCACCUUUGUCCGAAGAAGUUCAAAAGUCGUGCCGCCCUCACGUACCAUUCGGCAACACAUGAGAGGAUCAAUAAAUGCGAGGAAUGCGAUAAAACAUUCACAAGUCGCAUGAGACUCAAGAAGCACUACAAAUCACGCCAUCCAGGUGUUAAAAUUCCCUUUUCACCCAUCUCAAAGGCACCCGAUAGGAGUAGCACAAAUUACGAUUCCACCGAUACAGCAGAUGACGAUGGGGAUGAUGAGGAGGUGGAGAAGAAACCAACAGUCUUCUGCUGUGACACCUGCGAUAGGACAUUCAGGUCAAAUGAGAGUCUUGUCUUGCACAGGAAGUACAAUCAUUCCCAGCAAGAAGCAAAGCAAGACGAUGGGGAAUUCGUUUUGGGUCCGGAAGAUCCAAUUGCCAUCCCCGAGGUGACACUAAUGGUGGAGGAACCUAAAGCAGAGCCUCAUGUUGCUUCAGCAGCCAAUGAUGUUCUUCAGGGUGAUGGGGAAGACCCGCUGAAGUGUCGCGUGUGUCAGAAGACGCUAAAAUCAAAGGCAGGAUUUGAUUAUCACAUGAUGAUUCACACGGGGGAGAAGCCCUUUGAGUGCAUCUACUGCGGAAAAUUCUUCCGUAGCUACAAUUACUACAAAGUUCACGAGCAGUAUCACGAGAGGAAUGUCAUGAAGCGCCGUGGGCGUCCAAGGGUUAACGAUAAGAUUUGUGGCGUAAACUUGAGCGAUAUGAAUUUGGAUUUUACACCCAAUGACCGUGGAUACUAUGAGUGCCAAAUUUGCGGGAAGGAAUUCAAGAGUCGCCAGGGGUUGCCCUACCAUAUGGCGUUGCAUAUGAAAAAUCGCAUCUUUCGGUGUUUGCAGUGCAAUCUCAGCUUCAGGAAUCUCAAUAGAUUCCAAUUUCACAAUCUCCUCACGCACACUGAUGGCAAAGAUGAGGCUGCUGCUGGUGGUGGUGGUGCUGGAGAAGGAGAUGGGGAGAGACGAAGAGGACGUCCGAGGAAGUUUGAUAUUUUUGUCAAAGAGGAAGUUGAUGCUGGUAAGACAGAGGAAGUUGCACCACCACCACCAAAGGGAGUGGGGGAAGAAGGACAAUCACAGGAAGUUAAAGAGGAGGGAACAGUGGAGGCUGUAGGGCCACCGGAAGAUGGUGGAAAUGUGAAGAAGGAAGACGUCGAUGCAUCGUCGUCGUCAUCGAAGCCAAAAGCAUUUAUCAAGAAGCUCCCAAAUGGUCCUGAUGGUUCCCUGCAGUUCCAGUGCAUCCUGUGUGAGAAGAUCUUCCGGAGUGUUCAGGCAAGUGCGUACCACGUGAUGGUGCAUACGGGGGAGAAGCCCUUCAAGUGCCAUGUGUGCAACUACGGGUUCCGUUCGCAUGCAAAUCUCAAGAAGCAUCAAUGUGGGGUGUUUAAGCCACGUCCAGGACGUCGAUCGCGGUACGAUACAACGGGGGAAUUUGUCGGGGAUGUCUUCCAGAGUCAGCUUGUUGCGUGGAAAGCCCUCGCGGAUAUGGUGAAGCUGAAGUGCCGGAAGUGCGAUCAACCCUUCAAGAGUCGUCCGGCACUCAUGUAUCACUGCAUGAUACACACGGGGGAGAAGCCCUACAAGUGCACCAUAUGCCACAAGCACUUCCGUUCAAUGACAAAUCUCAAUCUUCAUCAGAAAUCUCAUGAGCGUGAGGCAAUGAUGAAGCGUCAUUUGGGCGAGGGGUUGAAGCUGCUGGAGCUGGGCGGGGGGAAGGAUGGCGAGGGCAGCAAUAAUGGGGAUGCCCUCGAGGGGGGUGAAUACAAAGAAUUCGAUGGGCAGGAGGACGGUGACUACGUGCAAUUGGAUGCAAUCCCAACGUGUACAAUUUGCAACAAAACCUUCCGCACCAUUGGCUACAUGCGACAACAUCAGCGCCGGGCACACAGAAUGCGCUUCCAGAAUGACAAAACCCCACCGUAUCCGCUCGAGGGGGAGGAUGAAUUUGAUUUGCCGGAUGUACCGCUGGAAUUUGUCGAUGGGGGCUACAAAUGUCGCGUGUGCGACAAGAGUUUCCCCACAAAGGGUGGCUAUGUGUACCACUCGUACACACACAGCGGUGCUAGGCCGUACAAAUGUCGUCGCUGCCCGGCACAGUAUCGUUCACGCGGGAAUCUCAAAUACCACGAGAAGAGUGUUCAUAAAAUCCAUUCAUAUGGGAAUCGCAAGGCUCGACGCAGGAGGAGGCAUUUCCGUACAGGUGUGAAGCAGGAUGGUGAUUUGAAGCUCUUCAUCUCACGCGUUGAAGGGGAGAAAUUCAAAGUGAAUGCUUCCAGUGCACCACCGAGUGGAGAUGAAGAGAUGCCCGAGGCGGCAGAGGAGGAAUGUCCCAUCGCUGUGCCCAUUGAUGCUGGUGAUGCCAAAAAGCAGACUGAGGAGAAUGCGAAGGAUGAGCAAAUGCAGCCGGGAAAUGUAUUUGAAGAUGAUUCCAGUGGGAAGACCAGUCCGGACCUUCAGCUGCCCAAAUUGUCUCUGAACAUGUUGGAGUCACUGCCACUGGGGGAGCUGCCCGAUGGGGAGAAUUUAUCCGCUGGAAUUGCAUCUGAUAUGAUUGCCCUGGAUGACUUCACCGAAACUCCGGAACUGGCAGCACUCACGAGCAACUUUGACGAUGCUGCGGCAUUCAAUGUCCUUCCUGAUGCUUGCAAUCGUCGCACUGCUGAAUUGGAAGAGCUCACUGAGAAUCUCGAUCGGGAUCAGCCAUCGGAUGACGGACUGCUGGGCACUGAAUAAUUUAAUUUAAUUUUAUUAUUUUCCUCCUUUGCAAAAUGUCUGAUGGUACGAAUGAUUGUAAAAAGCUAUAUUUUAGAGACUCUUUUUAUUUCAUUUUAGAGAUUUAGCGACAAUAUUACAGAGUUAAAUCCAUUUUUUAUUUGCGUAUAAAUAAAUUAUAAAUCAUUACAACAGUUCAUCCCCAUAAAGUAUAAAAUAUUUUAUAUCUUUUCAAAAAUAUAAACUAAAAAAAAACACAAAUAUUGCAGACUAUUAUGUACGUACGUGUAUACCCUAUUAGAGAGUAUUUUAAAUAAAAAAUUAUUAAUAAAUAAUAAAAA